AAAAGAAUAGCUGGAAGUUACAUCUACAUAGAACGAUGCGGGCUAUAGAGAAUUGAAAGAGCCAAGAACGGGUUAAGGUUGGGAUCUUGAGGCACAUGUGCUGCGCUUGCUUCUAAGAAUCUGAUAAGAUUAAACUAAUUAUUUCAUAUUUGUUUAAGCCUUUAACCCGAGUCAAACGCAUCUUUUUAUGCUUAUCUUUCUCAAGUACUUUUCUUAUGCAGGAGAGUAAUUAAAGAAUCCAUUAGUAUUUCUCAAGUAUAUUUAUCUUGAUCACUGAUCUUCAAAAGUUUGAACCCUGUGUAGCCUCUUAAAACCUCAGACCAAACACCCUGAAUAGACCACCCGUCAGCUUAUGUAGGAGAAAUUGGUGUCCCUAAAAUGCGGUGAUCAAAUUCUAGGAUUUCACAUUCAACUUGACAGCACAUUUUUGCCUGUAUUAUAGGCCACUGGACUGGCUCUAAGCUAUCUAGAAAGCCUCACCGCCUAUCUGGAAUUCACAACUCAAAUCAACAAAGAAAAAGCUAACGACGUUGGAAAAUGGAUCUACCCAGGAAUUUCAACGGAUUAUCUUUUGUUUUAAAACUCUUGUUUUCCGGUUUUCACAUUACCAAUUGUGUCAUUUUCUUGCAUUAGGUUUUGAAGAGGUCAUAACACUCACAACGAUUCCAAAAACUUUUAAAAUAGCUAUCCAGGCGUGUUUGAACUUGUAAAAGAGUCGUUGAACUAAUGAGUUUUACUUUAUCAAAGAAUUAAACGAGUACCCAUAUCUCUAAAAACAUUUCUUUUUUCUUCCAUUGUUGGGUUAGGUUGUGCUCUUAUUGUUAUUCUGAUUAUUUUUUGUCGUUAUUAUUGUUAGCAGACAUGGGAUUAGGACAGGCAAACUAGCGAGGCUGUUGGACGAACUAGGAUUUCAGCCAAUUCAAUUAUAUAUGCCUCCCCAAUCGGUCAACCAAUUGCCUCCUGGGUGGGCUUAGACGACUUCAACCAUCAUUAUCUCCAUAUUUACAAAACUACCAAGGAUUCAUGUAAUUUAUGUCUGUCCAAAGCUACUAAUAAGCAACAGCCCAAACAAAAGAAAAAGAAAAAAGACAUGGCUAAUCCCUCUGGUUUUCUCCUGGCCGUUUCAUUAGUCCUCACAACUCUGAUCAUCACCUUGUCGACCGUCAAUGCAAGUGGUGAGCACCACUUGAGCUGGUUUCCUACCAAGGCUGGCUGCCAGGGCUCGAUGGCUGACUGCAUCGCUAAUAAUGAGUUUGACAUGGACUCCGAGAUUAACAGGCGCAUAUUGCAAACCACGCAGUACAUAAGUUACGGAGCUCUGCAGAGGAACACCGUGCCAUGCUCUCUAAGGGGUGCGUCCUACUAUAACUGUCAGCCAGGAGCACAAGCUAAUCCUUACAACCGAGGCUGCAGCGCUAUUACUCGUUGCCGUAGUUAAGGUUAUUCUCCCUCCUUUUUUUUAUGUGUCGUUUGUUUCUCAUUCGUAAGAUGGAAAUAUAUGUUGUUGAAGAAAUUUCCAAUUAUGUUAUCAUUAAGUCUUUUGUGUUUCAUUGUCUUUUAAUUUGCUGAUUUAGAAUUUUAUCUUCAAGUUUCAAUCAGUUUUAGUUCAGUUAUAGAAGAUAGAUUGAUCAGACGUUACGGUUUAUUUGGGAGGAGAUUCUGGUCAACCCUGUUUGUUGACUCCAACACGCAAUGGCAAAUUAUGAACCAGGCAUGAAAAGGAAGACAUGAAAAUAACAUCACCUAAAACACCGAGGUAACACGUAAAUAGUAAAUAGUAAAUAUUAUGAUUAUAGACACUGAGAAUGAUCGUUUAUCAACUAAUGAAAGGGCGAACAAACAUGAAUUGAACUUGGUACUUUUUUAACCAGCUCAAUCAUAACCAACUUUGAAAGACAACUUUAGUCAUCAUCUCUUAAGUUCAUAUAGCAUUUCAAAGUACUAAAAUUGAUAUAUUUGUGAUUGUCCACACCGAUUAAAGAUUAGGGUUAACAGCAGCUCAACCA